AUCAAAGUGGGAAAGUACGGAACUGUUUGAAUAUACACUUCACUUUCGUUUUCAUUUUUCCUGCUGAGUAACUAGACGACAUGGCUUCUGUGGAUAUUCGUCUCGACUCGAAGAGACAGGUGGAUGAAUUCUGCCAAAAUCUCACUAAGGAGGCAGAACAGCUGCUUUCAACAUUUUUCCCUCAGAAGAUUGAGGAGCUGCAGAUGCUGCUGAAGACAUCGUUCAGCUGUGAUGACCUGGCAUCCUUGAAGGCACCGCUGGACAUCCCAAUACCAGAUCCGGCAAAAGAGGAGGCCAAACGCAAAAAGAAGGAGGAGAAGGAGGCUAAGGAUGGGAAGAAAGACAAGGACAGUGAUAAAGAGGACGAAGACUCAGGGCCUCCUUGUGGUCCCAUCUGCACCAACGAACGAGUGGAGAACCUCCUGCAGCAGGUCAAAUCUGAGAUCCAGACGCUGAAGGAGAAGCUGAACACGGUGUCAAUGUGGGUGCAACUCCAAAUUCCUAGAGUUGAAGACGGUAACAACUUCGGAGUGGCUGUACAGGAGAAAGUGUUUGAGCUGCUGACCAACACACGCACCAAGAUUGAAGGAUUCCAGACUCAGAUUUCAAAGUAUUACAACGACAGAGGCGAUGCUGUGGCCAAAGCUGCCAAACUAUCUCACGUGGGAGACUACAGACAGCUGGUUCAUGAGCUGGACCAGUAUCAGUACCGUGAGCUCCGCCUUGUGGUGCUGGACAUCCGCAGCACAUACGCUGUGCUGUUUGACAUCAUUAACAAGAACUACGACAAGAUUAAGAAGCCCAGAGGAGACGGAAAAGCUCUCAUCUACUGAGGCGACUCCAGCACACUUUCAGGCUCUUUAACAAGCUACAGCAAGUGUAGUAUGACACUCUCAUCAAGUAACAAUACACCUGCUCUUGCAGAAAUAUCUUCAUUUUAUUACUGUGCCUGUAUUUUGCUUCAGAUUACAAAAUAAAGCAACAUGAUUCCUUUGA